UGGAUCGCCAUGGAUCCCAGGAUCUACUUUAUCCGCGGCUUCAAUAUAUUUGCCGGAGACUAGCAUAACAUGUCAUUGACUUCUUAUCGGGUAAAUGGGAGGGGCUUAUUUAGCGUCCUACAACGUGUGAUGCACCGUUGAUUGACUGGGCGCUUCAAUUGAGGAAUGACUGGAUCCCCUCGGCAUAGCAGACCUCUCAGGAGUAUUGACGAGUUUAAAUAGUCGACCAUGCCUCUUAUGACAUUCUAGUUUUUGUCGCAUCAUUGCAGCAAUGUAUACCAUGUAUACCCUUUGCGCAGCCGCCAUAUCGCUUUUGGUCCUCCAGGUUCAUGGAUAUGCUAAUCCAGGCAGUUGUUCUGGAGCGUGCAAUGUCCAUGAUCCAGGGUUGAUUCAACGAGACGACGGGGUCUACUUCCGUUUCUCAACAGGGAAUAAGAUCUCGUAUGCCCAAUCAUCGUCCAUUGAGGGACCGUGGACAGCUGUUGGAUCUGUGGUGCCGGAUGGGUCGUCGAUCGACAAGGCUGGUAAUGACGAUCUCUGGGCACCUGAUGUCCAAAAUGUCAACGGCGUUUACCAUGUUUACUAUACGGUGUCCACGUCCGGCUCGCAAGACUCUGCAAUCGGACUAGCAACGUCCGACACGAUGGACGAGGGCUCCUGGACCGAUCAUGGAGCGACGGGAGUCUCGUCCAGCUCCUCAAAAUCGUACAAUGCCAUCGACGCGAACCUCUUCAACGAUGACGGCACCUACUACCUCACAUUUGGCUCCUUCUGGCAAGAUAUCUUCCAAGCUCCGCUGAACUCUGCUGCCACUAAGGCUGCUUCUUCAUCAUACAACAUUGCAUUUGACCCGAAUGGCGAUCAUUCUGUAGAGGGAGCGUACUUGUACAAAUAUGGGGACUAUUACUACCUUUUCUACUCUGCUGGAGCGUGUUGCGGUUAUGACACAUCUAGACCGGCUACUGGUGAUGAAUACAAAAUCAAAGUUUGCCGGUCAUCAUCGGCCACUGGUGACUUUGUUGAUGCGACUGGAACCGCCUGCACGGCAGGUGGAGGAACAGUUGUUCUUGAGAGCCAUGACAAUGUUUAUGGACCUGGCGGACAGGGCGUCUUUACCGACCCGGAUCUUGGGCCCGUUCUUUACUAUCAUUAUGUCGAUACGACGAUUGGCUAUGCGGACAACCAGAAGCUCUUUGGAUGGAACGCGAUCGACUUCUCCAGUGGAUGGCCGGUGGUAUAGAACCAUUUAUUUAGCUCCUUGGAUUCGACAGGGGAAUAGGACGCAUGUAGCAUACAAAGAAUACCAAGAAUAUGACAGACUUUGGUCAAUGAUUCUUGUUCGAGGUAGAAGACAGUACAAGCAUAUGUCUUGAAUUUUAUCGAGC